CUCCUAAAUUGAGGGACACCUGCUCAAACAGACGGGUUCCUAUAUAAGGCACGGCCUUGCUGUAUUAUCAUUGACUUCGCAAUGGCUCGUUACGCGAUACUCCUUCUUACCGCAACCUUCGCCGUCGUGGCGGUCGCACUACCCAGACGGUGGGGUAAUUGGGGAAAGCCACCACUUGGACUACCAGCUUGGCCACCAGCUUGGCCACCCCUUGGUUCACCAGCUUGGCCACCACAUGGAUCACCAGCUCGGCCACCACUUGGACCACCGGCUUGGCCACCACACCAUCCAAGGCCUCCCACUGAGAAACCCACCACGGAAAGACCCACCACAGUGGAGCCCACAGAGGAGUCCACAACCGAGAGACCCACCACUGAGGGACCCGCCGCAGAGGAACCCAGCACCUAGUGACCCACCCCCGAGGAACCCGCCACCGAGAGAGCGAGCACCGAUUAACCCAGCACCGAGAAACCCAGCACCGUGAGACCCACAACGGAAAAACCCACAUCCGAAAGGCCCAGCACCGAGAGACCCACUACCGAAGGACCCACCACUGAGGAACCUACCGAGAAUCACAGCGAAAACCGAGCGAGGAAGCCAGGGAGGAACCCAGUGGAUGUCCAACAGAGUAGAGACCAUCUGCUGCAACCCCUGAUAAUCCUCGUGUUUUCUCGGCCUAUGUAGACCCAGUUUCGAAUUGGCUGUUACACUUUAAAAAUGGAAAUAAAUGUUGCAUUUUAGA